GUUUUCUUUUCCCACGGCUGCCUUCUUCUUGACCUCGACGACAACAACGGAACGGACGCUCAGUUCUUGAGUGGUCGAUGACCCGCCAACGACCCUUGUCUGCCAUUUUCAUCGGCUCGUCGUCGUCAUCCUCGUCGCUGCAACUUCAACUCCAACAUCCGCCACCAUCACCAAGCUCAAAUACGUCGGGAGGACUGCCUUCACCUCCAGCUACCAAUUCGACCGGGAGCGGGUCGACGAAGGAGGACAACAGCACGGGUAGCAUACGUCAAUGUCCUGCACCCAACAUCACCAUGGUUAAUCACCAUAACGACAAAUCAACUCUUUCUGACGACGACAACGACGAAAAUGAUGACGACAAUACCGCUAGACUAGACCGCAGGCAUCCUUCGAAGAACACAGGAGAAGUCUUGGGGACAUUGCAGCGGGUUAAAAGUCUCGCACAACGAAAUCGCAUGGCCAUCGACAAACUCACUUCUUUUUCUCGACUCAACACACCUUCGCCUUCCAGCUCGUCACGCAUGUCUCGCUCACCCGGUUCAGAGACCGAGCGCGAGUCUUUCCGUGCACCUACACCCUCCCAUUCGAACUCCUUCCGAUCCGCAUCGCCGGAUCUGUCUACUUCCCCACCAUUGCCCCCACUACCGCCGUCGACAUUACCUUCUUACGACGAUGACGCUAAUCAUCCACGACAACGCCGUAUCUCAGCACCUCCUUCACCGGACAAGGCGCGUCAGGCGUCCCCCGGUCCAUCACGUACACCCAGAAAACGCACCUCUUUGGCAAGCACGAUGUCUGCGCCCGUCGGUCCACUUGAUGCCGAUAGAGAGAGGGACAGAUAUCAUGCACACGGAAAUGGACACGCUCACGAACGAAGCUACGCAAAUAGAGACAAUGUCACAGACACAGCGCUGGCCGCUGUUGCAUCUGCCCGCCAAAGUCCGACUGAUACGGCAACAACCAGCACAAGUAGUAGACGCUCGAGACAGCCCUUGCCGCGAGAAUUUAGGAAUGGAGGACGAACGAGUUUGGAUGGACGGACUUCGAUUGAACCUCCACAGACGCCCUACCGCACACCUAUUCGAAACGGUGCACACGGCCACAAUGAAAACGCCGACAUGGACCUGUCACCUCGAACAGCGUCGCAUACAGCAGCCAAUGCGGGCAUGGCUAGACUACAGUUCUCUCCUCGCUCUGCAGCACGACUCAAUCGGUCCUCUACGGUACGAGAUGAUGGAAGACGGUAUCAACCGAGAUGUCAGUCAGACGAUUUCUUAACGCAUGGUAUCGACGAUACGCCUUCUAUCCCUUCUACUUUUACAUCCACCGCGACUGCCGCUGCUGCAACUGGUGUACCUGUCGGUGGCGCUGGGCGCAGGCAAACACCACGAGGCGGGAGCGCCGAGAGUCCAUUGACAAGUGGGAGGCUUGCAAGUGAGAGUUUGCGUGCUGCAGGAAUCGGGAUGCGGAGUGUACGAUCGCCAUUUCUGGCUGGUUCUACAUCAUCCACCGCAAAUGGAUUUUCUGUGAAUAACAAGGAUGACGAUCCGUUUUCGGGUACUGGCGCUGGUGUGUCGUAUCGAUCGAAGUCGCGCACGGGAAAAUCGGUCGAGUGGGAGGAUCGUGAUUAUGAUCGGUAUGGGGACCGCUAUGGGCACGACAGGGAUACCCGGAGGCACAUGAUACCCGACGAUCAGCGAAGCAAAACGAGCGCCUCGUCGAGCGCGCGCGUAAGCGAUGGGGUUGGGCCUCCCGGACCUUCGUCUUCCUCUAGGUUAGGGAUGGGGAGUUCAAGGCCCGCGACGUCGAUGGCGACUACUGGAGAAUGGAACAAGGGAUUGCGCGAAGGCAUGGACUCGCGAAGCGGAAUCACAGAAUCGGAAUCGCGGGGUGAAUUUGAAAGAUCAAGGAGUGUGACGCUGCGAAGACACACAAGUGCGAUGGCGCCGUCUCAUUCCCACACACAUUCCUCACCCUAUCCUCGUCACGACCAACACCAACGUGGUACUUCCCAACAACAAGCUGAACAUGCUCGCCUCCUCGCCGAAAGUCUUUCUAUGUUCCACUCGACGUUGUCCAAGCUUCCCCUUCAGGCAUCGGUAGCAAGAGAAUUGGGCUAUCAAGCUGAGACGAUUGUGAGAGCAUCGGAAGGGCUGAAUGGGCUGUUGAGAGCUGGGACGGCUCAUGCAGUACAGAGACAGAUUGCGAUCGAGGUAGACGAAGAUGAGGAUCAUGAUUUUCGUGGGGAUGAUAGAGAGUAUGUGAGGGACAGGUCCAGAGAAGGAGGAAGAGAGUCAGGGAUGCACGUGGCGAAGCUAUGGAGAGACGUCGGUGCCGAUUUUAGGGAAGGACUGAGGGAGAGUGAUGAGGUCGUCAGAACUCUGACUGGGUUCAUACUUGGCGUUGGAAAGGUGUUGAAAGAGAUGGCGAAUAUUGCCUCUGCCUCUACAUCCGGUGGUGGCGGCUCUGCUGCGUCGACAACGAGUGGCACUGGUUCUGCGUGCGGUUCCGCAACAGGUAUGGGGGAGGGGAAGGAACAUCUGCGGAGUGUCAGUCUGGAUCAUCAUGACAUCAUGCGACAUGUGCGCACCCCAGAUAGUGGUGGCGGUCUAAGGGAUGGUCGUCGGAGUGUUGAGUCGAGGAAGAGUUGGGAUCCGAUUGGUGUUGGUGGUGCGGGCUCGUCUUCGUUAGAUCUAUCGCGGAGGGUCACGUCCGUGCAUCGGGAUCGAGAGUAUGAGCUGGCUUCGUCGAGACCGUCUUCUUCGGCAUUGCGUGAGAGGGAAAGGGAUGGCGGUGGGAGUGAUCAGGAUAGAAGAGCAGGAUCGAGGAUUAGGAUGACUCCACCUCUCCCUUUACCAGCACCGCCGUCAGUACCCGCUUCUGCAUUGUCCUCAGCCUUGGGAUCGACAUCGACAUCUGGACUGGGACCAGCGUCGACUACGAGGCGUCUCAUGACACUAAGAGAAAGUCGUGAACGUGAACAGCAGUUGGUUUCGUUUGCGCGUACGCCUGGUACGGUGGAUUUGUCGGCGCCGAUGGAUUAUGAACCGUCCCCGACUCCUGCUUCGAAGCAACAAUAUGGCAAAGGAAUGCCACCGCCUCUUCUCUCGCAUUCCACACCUGGUCCUCCGCCUGUCAAGUCGCAGUCGACACCAGGCCCUUCACAAUUGAACUCUGGUGGUCGUCCACCCUCGCAUGCCAUUGUUGCCCAAUCCACACCCCCACCACUCCCAAUUCUUCCCUCCGAAUCUUUUCUUCGUAAAUCCUCAUUGGCCGAAAAACAAAAUAGACGUAAAGUUUCUCUGGCGUCGAUCGCGUCCAUCAUGACCAUUCGUCCAAGUGGGAGUGGUAGUGGAGGCUCUGGUGGCAGUCAAGCGCCACCAUUUGCAGUGACGAGUUCUGCGCCAACAACGGCUGUGACAGCACAUACAGUAUCGGCGUCUUCUCCUGAAUCCUUGACGCCCAGUUCGACGUUGCCUCCGCCAACUGCGGCGCCAUUGAGCCGCACAGACUCAAGGGAUUCGCGAGAGUCUACACGGCCUAGCGUGACAUUCUCGCGACCUUCUGAGGUAUCCAUGUCGGCACUGCAGAUGCAGCAGAGUCGUGAUGAAGCGAGACGACGAGCUGAGGAGGAGCUGAUACGGGAGCGAGAGAUAGAGAGGGAAAGUCGACAGCCACUGAGAUCGCCUUUGUCGGGGUCUGAGACGGAGAGGGAUACACGCAGGCGGACGAUUGGGUCCCGAGUGGCGAGGAUGUCAUUGGAUGCAGCGAUUGAUGAACGCGAGGGCGAGUCUAUGGGUAGAUCUGGUGGCGUCGGUGCUGGGAGCACCCGAACGAGUACGAUCACAUUGCCUUCCCAAAGGAGAGAGCGGAGGCGAACCGUUACGGAGAUAUUUGGCUGAGCCUAAGCUGUUUCCGUGUCCAUUGCAAUCUCGUUCUUCGCCUUUUUCUCUCGUUGGUGAUUUGCUGGUUUGCGCCGUAAAGUGAGUACUUUCUCUUUUUCUUUGCUUACUUGGCGUGAGUUGGCAGGUUGCUUAUGAGGACCCGUUAUACGUGCAUCAUCGUGUAGGAUAAAUUUUCACUGCACGCUGUCGGGGUGGGUUGUUCUAUGUUCCGAUCCAGCAGCCCAAAGCAACCCUACCCUCUCAUCAGUCAGCCUCGAUGGCGGUUCCGUUUCAUUCCGCUCCGUGCUGUGUUUAUGUUCUCGUGUCCUUGCUCACACGCAUGUCUUGUUCGAAUAUUAUGCAUCAUGCAUUGCACGC